CACGUUAUCCGUUAUACAUUGCAAUGAAGAAGUCUCCUAUAGUAAACGAAUUUGUUUCAAUAAAUAGAAUUGGUCAAAAAUGGGCUGAAACUUUUAUUGAGUCGUAUUUUGGGAGACUUUUCGAGUGCAGAGCAUUGAAAUUAACCCUUUAAAGUUUAUAAACAUUGGACUAUGUGGUACAGUCCUAAUUUGAAGAGAUUUUACAAGAAUGUUAUAUUUGCUUCAAAGAUGCCUACUCUCAAUGUUGGAGACCUAAAGUGCAAAAAUGGCUGUGAGUUCUACGGUAACCCACAAUGGAGAGGCCUCUGCUCAGAGUGUCAUCGGAAUCAAGUUCAGAAGCAAAGGAGAGCAGAGGCCGCGGCGCAGGCGUCGGCGGGCGAGAGCGGGGCGGGAGCGAGUCGAGCGCGUGGGGCCACGGGCGUGGCCGCUCGCUCGUCAUUCUCCAAGUUCGAGGAGAAGCGGCUCAAGCAGAGCGAGACUUUGAAGAAAGCUAACUUACUAAAGUUUAGCGUUUUCAAGAAAUCUAAUACAGCGUCUGGAGAAGGCGGGGCGGGCGGUGGCGUGAGGCAGGCAGCGGUCGCGGAUGCCGGACUGGCAGCGGUGGCGGAAGUAAUGCGGCGCGAGUUCCGUGCGCGGUUCCCGGCUCUGGCAGCACAAGCGGGCCGGGACGCGCGCUCCGCCGUACACAGUCUCGUGGUGGACGUGCUACACACCGCAGACCGCAUCUCCGUCGACCUGCUGUCCGAUCGCGUGCAGCGCCACUACCAGCGAUUUAGGAAGUUCAUGGACACGGCCGCACAUUUCGCGAAGGUGGACUCCGAGCAGCGGGAACUGUUGUUGGACUUCGUGGAGGAACACGCCAUGGCUUACUUACACGACCUGCCAGGCGUGGUAUUCUCGCCGGGUGGCACCGACGACGAGCGCCGCGACCGCGUGAUGUCGGAGCGCAUCCAGCAGCUGGGCUGGGUCGGAGAGCGCCACCUCGAGUGCAAGUUGGAUCGUCACGACGCACGCUGCCGCCGCCUGCUCUACAGGGCCAUCAGCGAGCUGCUGGGUAUGGAUGCGGCGGCCGCGCCGUGCGGCAAGCUGCGGCGCGUGCGCCGUGCGUGCGGCCACGUACUGGAGCUGUGUGCGGCGCCCGCCUCCGCCGACGACCUGUUGCCGCUGCUCAUAUUUACGGUGCUGAAGGCGAACCCGCCGCGGCUGGUGAGCAACAUCAACUACGUGACGCGGUUCUGUAACGCACAGCGGCUCAUGACUGGCGAGGGCGGCUACUACUUCACCAACCUGUGUUGCGCAGUGUCGUUCAUCGAGAACCUGUCGGCCGAGUCGCUGAGCAUGGAGCGGCAGGAGUUCGAAUGCUACAUGGCUAUGCCAGCCUCCAUCGGCGGCAGCGCCUGGGGUGCGGCCCUGUCGCUAUGCGGCGCGGCGCAUGAAGCCGACGAGCUGCGAGCGCACGUCGUUGGGUUGUUGGACGCCGCACGUGCGAUACCCGCCGCGGCGCAGAGACACGCCGCCGCAGCGGAGACCUUCGAGGAAGAAAUCGCAAAGAAAGUUCAAGACGUGCUUGCGAAAACCCCGCUCGAGAUAAAACCGCGGCGACAAAUUCCUUCCUUGCGGUCAUUGAGCUCCACGGCCACCCUCAUCGAUCUGGAUGUCACGGAAGAACCCUGGGCGCCCGCCGCGCGAGCUGAUCCCCAGCCAGUUGACGACUCCGAGCGGCUGCAACCCCAGCAUUACCUAUUGGUGCCGGAGAUUGUCCCUGACCCCGACACAACCUCAUCUCAACAAACGGCGGGCACUCCUCCGGCGGAUGUAGCCAAACGGUCUGUUACCGUGAGUCCGCUCGGACUUUACAAUUCAAAGUCUAUCGACAAUCUGUUGACUCCAGAUGAUUUCGACAAUGUUGCUCCGGGCUUGUGGAAUAUUAAUUAUGAUAUUGAUCUGUCAGACUUUAGUGGUGACAACAGCUUUGCUGACGACGCACCAAACGAACCAAAAGAUUGCUUGAGUCCAGAAGGAUUGAAAAAGUUUGAUCCACUUCAUCAAGACUACAAAGUUUUAGAUAAGUUUGAUGAGAUCAGCAUUAUCGAUAAGAAGUCCCACAGUAGCUCUGAGCCGUUUGACGUUGUGCACAGAGAUGUCGCAAUCCCGGAUCCCUUCAGCCCGGUGGAGCAACCCGCCUCUAUCCUGGAUGACGGCGCCUCACCCACUAGUUCUCAUCUCCUGCCGUCGCCGCUGCUGCCACAAUCUAGCCAAAAACAUACUUGAAUGUAAGGAUAGUCUCCCGCAAACUGUUAUCUCUCUUCCAAGAAGAAAAUAAGGCAGAGACGGCUUGCCUGUGAUCACAUCGUCAUUUCUUCUCGUUUCGUUUUUUCAAAUUUUAUGUAUAUGAUACUAUUAUAAGUUUUACUUGUGCUCUUUGUAAAUUCCAUUAUAAUAUAACAUACACUCUCAUGCAAAAAAACGGGCACCUAGGUAAAAAACCUGUUACAUUGGCAUCUUCAGAUUACUUCAUAAUUCUAAGUAGCUUCUAUCAUAAUACUUUAAAUAAAUAAGCAAAAUGUAAUUUCUGUCCAUUUCGUCAUUACAUUUCGAUGAAAUUAAUUACCGCUAUGUUUACAAUAAGGACUGCUAAUAAUUAUCUAAAAAUGAGUUAGUAUGAACUAUCAACGAUUCCCGCCACGAUACGCAAUUAACUGCAAUUUUUGUUAAAGUCCGACUAUGUUUGAAUUUGGAAUAAUAUAACUUUUUCAUGCACCACUUCAUAAAUGUGCCAAUAAUAUUCUCAAAUGAUUAAAGCCUCUUUUGUUAUUGUAUGAUCUAAAGGAACAGAAAAAUUAAAAGCGCCCUUCUUUUAGCAAAUGAGUUUAUAUAUAUAGUGAUAAUACCUGCCUAGGUCAUAGUUUCUGGAUUAUUUAUAAUGCCAAAUAUUAUGUUUAUGAUAUAUU